GACAGAGUGGGGUAAGAUCUUCACGUCCGACAAGAGAUCGGUGGCUUCGGGAGGUCACUGCGGACUGGGGCUUGAGCCUGACCAACCCGACAGUGCGGGAGAGAAGCUGGAAGAAGGCUGACCAAUUUUAUAAUUCUAAAAACAUGGUCCAUGGAUCAGUGACAUUCAGGGAUGUGGCCAUCGACUUCUCUCAGGAGGAGUGGGAGUGCCUGCAGCCUGCUCAGAGGACCUUGUACAGGGAUGUGAUGCUGGAGAACUACAGCCACCUGAUCUCACUGGGAAGUUCCAUUUCUAAACCAGAUGUGAUUACCUUACUAGAGCAAGAGAAAGAGCCCUGGAUGGUUAUAAGGAAAGAAACAAACAGAUGGUAUCCAGAUUUGGAGUCAAAAUAUGGACCUGAGAAAGUAUCUUCAGAAAGUGAUAUCUCUGAAGUAAAUUUACCCAAACAAGUUAUAAAGCAAAUAAAUAAAACUGUUGGCCUCAAGGCCUUUUAUUUUAGAAAUGACUCAGAAUAUAGAAGGUUUGAGGGAUUACAGGGAUAUCAAGAAGGAUAUAUCAAUCAGAAGUUAAUCAGCUAUGAAAAACUGCCUACUUAUACUCCUCAUGCUUCUCUUAUUCACAAUACACAUAAACCAUAUGAAUGUAAGGAAUGUGGGAAAUACUUUAGUCGUGGUUCAAAUCUUAUUCAGCAUCAGAGUAUUCAUACUGGAGAGAAACCCUAUAAAUGUAAAGAAUGUGGGAAAGCCUUUCGACUUCACAUACAAUUUUCUCGACAUCAGAAAUUUCAUACUGGCGAGAAACCUUUUGAAUGUAAGGAAUGUGGAAAGGCCUUUAGUCUUCUCACCCUGCUUAAUCGCCAUAAGAAUAUUCACACAGGUGAGAAACUGUUUGAAUGUAAGGAAUGUGGGAAGUCCUUUAAUCGUAGCUCAAACCUUGUUCAACAUCAGAGUAUUCAUGCUGGUGUAAAACCGUAUGAAUGUAAGGAGUGUGGGAAAGGCUUUAAUCGCGGUGCACACCUUAUUCAGCAUCGGAAGAUUCAUUCCAAUGAGAAACCCUGUGUAUGUAAGGAAUGCGGGUUGGCCUUUCGAUAUCAUUACCAACUUAUUGAACAUUGCCAAAUUCAUACAGGUGAGAAACCCUUUGAAUGUAAGGAAUGUGGAAAGGCCUUUACUCUUCUGACAAAGCUUGUUCGACAUCAGAAGAUUCACACUGGUGAGAAGCCCUUUAAAUGCAGGGAAUGUGGGAAGGCCUUUAGUCUUCUCAACCAGCUAAAUCGCCAUAAGAACAUUCACACAGGUGAAAAACCAUUUGAGUGUAAGGAAUGUGGGAAGGCCUUUAAUCGUAGCUCAAACCUUAUUCAACAUCAGAGUAUUCAUGCUGGUGUGAAACCAUAUGAAUGUAAGGAGUGUGGGAAAGGCUUUAAUCGUGGUGCACAUCUUAUUCAGCAUCAGAAAAUUCAUUCCAAUGAGAAAUCUUUUGUAUGUAGGGAAUGUGAGAUGGCCUUCAGAUAUCAUUGCCAACUUAUUGAACAUUCUCGAAUUCAUACUGGUGACAAACCGUUUGAAUGUAAAGACUGUGGGAAGGCCUUCAAUCGUGGCUCAAGCCUUGUUCAACAUCAGAGUAUUCAUACAGGUGAGAAGCCUUAUGAAUGUAAGGAGUGUGGGAAGGCUUUUAGACUUCACCUACAACUAUUUCAACAUCAGAAAACUCAUACAGGUGAGAAACCCUUUGAAUGUAAGGAAUGUGGGAAAUUCUUUCGUCGUGGUUCAAAUCUUAAUCAGCAUCGAAGUAUUCAUACCGGAAAGAAACCCUUUGAAUGUCAGAAAUGUGGGAAAGCCUUUCGACUUCAUAUGCACCUUAUUCGACAUCAGAAAUUGCAUACUGGUGAGAAACCCUUUGAAUGUAAGGACUGUGGAAAAGCUUUUAGACUUCAUAUGCAACUUAUUCGACAUCAGAAAUUUCAUACUGGUGAGAAACCCUUUGAAUGUAAGGAAUGUGGAAAGGUUUUUAGUCUUCCCACCCAGCUUAAUCACCAUAAGAACAUUCAUACAGGUGAGAAGCCAUCUUGAAUGUAAGGAAUGUGGGAAUCCUUUAAUUGUGUCUCAAACCUUGUUUAAUGUCAGAGUAUGUAUGCUGGUGUAAAACCAGGUGAAUGUAAGGAAUGUGGGAAGGGCUUCAAUCAUGGUUCAAACCUUAUUCAGCAUCAGAAAAUUCAUUCUAGUGAGAAACUCUUUGUAUGAAAGGUGUGGAGGAAGAUCUUUAGAUAUCAUUACCAACUUAUUGAACAUUACCAAAUUCAUACUGGUGGAAACCCCUUUGAAUGUAAAGAAUGUGGAAAAACCUUUAGUUUUCUGACAUAGCUUGCUCAACAUUAGGUCAUUCAUACUGAUGAGAAGCCAUUUGAAUCUGAGGAAUAUGGGAAGGCCUUUAGUAGUGGCUCAAACUUUGUUCAACAUCAGAGUAUCCAUACUAGUGAGAAACUCUGAAUGUAAGGAGUGUGGGAAAACUUCUAGAUUUAGUAUUGUCUUCACUGCACAUCAAAGAAUUCAUAACAGUAUGAAACCCUUUGAAUGUAAGGAAUGUGGGAAGACCUUUAGUUGUAGCUCAAAGCUUGUUCAACUUGCUAAAAUUCAUACUGGUGAGAAACCGUAUAAUGUAACGAAUGUGAGAAAGCAUAUGCUGUGGAUGAUCAGCUUACUCAACAUUAGAAAAUUCAUAAUAGAAAUUUUAUGAAUAUCAGGAGUGUGGACAAGCCUUCACUGUGUGUAAAAAAUUUACUCAACACCAGACAACUCAUAUGGAUGAGAAAUCCUGUGAACAUAAAAGAAUGUGUCGCGAACUUUCAUCAUGGCCUAGGAUUUGCUUAACAUCAGAGUAUUCAUACUACUGAGAAAUCCUUUGAGUGUAAGGAAUGUGGGGUGUUUUAUAGCAACUCUAAAUACAGUAGAGUUCAGAGAAGAUAAUUCUUAUGAGAAAGUCUUUGAAUGAGGAAUAUAGGGUAGUUGUGACAUCCACAGUAUACUCCCUAUGUAACGCUUUACCAGAUACAGGCAUACCUUGCUUAAUUGUGCACACAGUUAUUGUGUUUUAUGCAAUUUGAAGGUUUGUGGCAACCCCACAGUGAGUAAGAUGAUCAGAGUCAUUUUCCAAACAUCAUGUGUCCAUUUUGUGUCUUUAUGUCACGUUUUAGUAAUUCUCAGAAUAUUUCAAAGUUUUUCAUUGUUAUAUGUCCAUCAUGGUGACCAAUGACCAGUGAUUUUUGAUGUUACUAUUGUAAUUGCUUUGGGAUACCACAAAUAUUGCCCAUAAAAGAUGGUGAACCUAGUUGAUACUUGUCAUGAGUUUUGAAAAAAUAGUCAAAUAUACAAUCAUAUACCCCCACCUAGAUACAAAAUUGUUAACAAUUUGCCACAUUUAUUUUUUGUAUGUUUGUUGUACCAUAGAGAAUAAGUUUUAGACUUCAUGACACUUUACCCCUUAUUUAAUCAGCAUGGGUAUCACCCAAACAUAAAGACAAUAUCAUAUAGCUAUAGUACCAUAAUUACUCUUAAGGAAAGUAUUCAUAAUUCUGUAAUAUCA